AUGACAACCCUCACAGACCCAACGAACGCCACCCGCGCAACCCCAAGCAUCCCCAUCGAGAAAGCAGUCCUCCACAUCGGCAGCUCAACCUUCAUAAGCGCCCCCAGCCAAGAAGUCUGGGCAGCGCUAACAAACACCUCAACCUGGCCAAGCUGGAAUAGCUUUGUGCCACGGGUAACCAUUCGCUCCCAGCCAACCCCAGAUCCAUCUCCAUCCACCUCCGCACCGGACCCAGCACCAGCGUCAACAUCAACACAAACCCCAGCACCAACCUCCCAAACCGUAAAUACAAACACAGAACUAUCUCCUAUUCUCCAAAAAGGAACAAAAUUCACCCUACACGUCCGCAUGGACCCAACCUCAACCUCCACCAAGCCCCAGCCGGCAACAGACGUGCAUGCCCUCAUCAGCGAAUGCAGAGCGCCAAACGCGGAGACCGGCGAGGUCGGCCGUAUCGUUUGGGUCGCUGAUUCCGAAGCGCCGGGCUCGUUUUCGCCAUCGCUUUUGACGGCGGAGCGUGUGCAUGAGAUUACGGCUGUUGAGGGUGGGACAGAAGUGAGGAACUGGGAGGCGCAGGUUGGGUGGUUGGUUUAUGCGGUGCGGUGGCUGUAUAAGGUUAAGCUGCAGGCGAAUUUUGAGAUGUGGGUUGCUGAUUUGAGGGGGUUUGUUGAGGGGGGCAGUAUUGCUAGUUCUUCUUGA